AUCCAUGCUUUUACACUGCUGCAAAUUACCAGCAAAAGCUAUGACAUUUCUCUGCUGCACCGUCUGCCCAAUUUUCCCACCAUUUUCUUUCCUCUCUGCUUUCCCGGAAUCCAAACACUAAAUUAAUUACUCAUACUUCUUUCUCGUCCUUGCAUUUCGUUUCGUUUCGUUUCCUUCUAUUCUCUUCUGUUCUGUAUAGUGUUUGAUUCUUGGAGGAAGAACAGAGAAUGGGCGGAAGAGAUGAUGAGUUGGGGCUGAGUUUGAGUUUAGGGUUUGGAGUUACGACUCACAUGCAGAGGCCGUCCAAUAACUCCAUGCAUAAUCAUCUCCGCAAGAGUUCUUGGAAUGAGCAUUUUCAAUUUUCUGAUCGGAACGCCGAUUCGAGGUCGUUUCUUAGAGGAAUCGACGUGAAUCGGCUGCCGACGGGCAUGGACGGCGAGGAAGAGAACGGCGUUUCAUCUCCGAACAGUACGAUUUCAAGCAUCAGUGGAAAGAGGAGCGAGAGAGAAGCGGUCGGAGAUGAGGCAGAGGCUGAAGCGGAAGCGGAGGCGGAGAGAGCAUCGUGCUCGCGAGGGAGUGACGAUGAAGACGGCGGAGGCGGCGACGGCGACGCCUCGAGAAAGAAGUUGAGGCUAUCGAAGGAACAGUCGAUGGUACUUGAGGAGACCUUCAAAGAGCACAAUACGCUCAAUCCAAAGCAAAAGCUGGCACUUGCAAAGCAGUUGAAUCUGAGACCAAGACAAGUGGAGGUGUGGUUUCAAAACAGAAGGGCAAGGACCAAAUUGAAGCAAACAGAAGUAGAUUGUGAGUACUUGAAGAGGUGCUGUGAGAAUCUAACAGAGGAAAACAGAAGGCUACAGAAGGAGGUGCAAGAGUUGAGAGCACUCAAGCUUUCUCCACAGCUCUAUAUGCAUAUGAAUCCUCCUACCACCCUCACCAUGUGCCCUCAAUGUGAGCGUGUGGCGGUUUCUUCGUCUUCUUCGACCUCAGCUGCUACGACCACACGCCAUCCAGCAGCAGGUGGUGUGCAGCGUCACUCUGUGGCCAUCAACCCGUGGGCGGUGUUGCCAAUCCAACGUUGAUCUGUUUCUUGUGUUUCCUUAUGGGGAAUUUUGAGUUAAUUAAUGACUAUGGAGGAUGGAAAAUUUUGUUUUGGAGAUGCUGGUAGUGGUUAGGUUUGUUAGCUCUGCCCAAUUCUCUCCUUUAAUGAAUUAAGUUAGAUUUUGCGAGUGAGAGAGGGAAGGACAGUGAAAUCAUAUGGUCAAAUUAAGAUCAAUGGAGACCCUUUUCUUUCUCACGGACAA